UUAGCAGAUGCUCAUAUAAUCUAAGGUGAUCUCUUUAGAUUUUUAAGUUAAUUACAUAUGUGAAUCCUGUUCUUCUAAAUCCCACCACUGUUACCAGUCUGGCAUACAGACAUCUUUGGGUAUCAACCAACUAAUCCACAGAGCCCACAAACUAGCCCCCAAGGCAUCAUGGUCAUUCUAUAAGGCAAAGUACCUUUGCCCUAAGAGAACAUUCCUGGUAGCCUCAGCCCAUUAUCAACUUCUGCCCUAUUCCUGGUCACAAGAUGUGGAGUUAAGCUGGUCGUUCACCAACGAGCCUGUGGCUUACAUAACAGUAUGGUAUUAUUCAGUGACAGAAAUGCAAGACAUCUUAAUUUCUUCGGUUUUUGCCAUCAAGAAUACAGCAGAAGCUCAGGGUUUUAAGGGAGGAAAGCCAGUACAGAAACAGCAAGGGCGACAUUGCUUCACUCACCUGUUGCAGCCAAAACCAUGAUUUCACAGAAGUAUGUGUUAGAUGAGUCAUCGCUAGAUGCUGGAGGUGGUACAAAGUUAGAUAAUCCUCAUCGUAGCCUUGAACCACACUGUGUGUGUGCAUGUGUAUGCAUGUGUGUACGUGUGUGUGUGUGUGUGUGUGUGUGUGUGUGUGUGUUUAUGAGAAAUUCCUGAAGAGCUUUAACUGAGGUGUCCAUGGGGAGUGAUCCAUUCUGAAAGGCUGCACCAUCCCAUGGCUUAGGACAGAGACAGAAGGAAAAAAAAAGGAAAGAGAGAAUGCCAACUCAGUGCUGACAUCUCCUAUUCUCUGCUUCCCAGUCAACAGUUACAUUAUUCGGGAUUCUCCAGACAAACAGGGCAGAUAGAAAGAAGAGAUAUUAAAUGAAUAUUUAUUAGAUUGGCUUCUGUGAUACAGUCCACAUGAGGCCAAAUGCCUCUAUAGUCUGUCUGAUGCUUAAAGCCUGCUCGAGGAUUCAUGGAGAACCACCCUCAAAGAAGCAGGAUGGUAGUGAUGUCAACAAAGAAAGGUAGCAGUAGGCACAGCAAGGCACCAACAGGGUGGAAGAACUUGCUAGCACACUGUGAAGACAAGCAGACGAAAUCAAAGGUUCCUUCUACCUCCUUUUAUCUAGGUUGCCCCUGGAGAAUACCAAAACAUAUUUAGAGAGGGUCUCUGUGGGAGUCUUUGCUAACACCAUAGCCAGUCAAGUGUCAAGGCAAGAACAAAAUUCAUUUCAACACGACUUGGUAGCUGGUGUUGGUUCAAAACUUGAGAGUCUGACACUGGUUAGUUUAUUUCAGGCAUAUAUAAGCACGGUAUAAUUUUAUCUGCUGAUAAUUACCUCAGCCCCAUGUGUAUAUAAUAAAGCUCAAGACAUGAUUCCAUGAAACUCUUAUAAAGUUCUAGUAACGUUUUCCGUAAAGAUAAAUUAACCGGGAAAGCAGACUCAAGGUGACCAAUGCUCCUGGUAAAGGUCUCAGGGAGGAGAAAGCCAUUGAUUGACUGAGACAAACCUAACAAUCUGUGGGAGCCUGGUGGUCUGGCCACACUGAUAGUGCAGAGGCCACCAGGCUAAGAACCACAUCCAUUCCCAGCCUUUCAGGUCGAAAAAAGGUUACACAUCGCUCACUGUGGAAGAGAUGCCCCUAUGUGUUCAACAUUCUUGGUUCUCAUGAUGUUUCUCUGCGGUCGCAAGCAUCUGUAUGCCUACUACAGGCCUUGCCCUAACUCAUAACCUAAUGAAGAAAAUCCCUCCAAGUGACCCCGGCAGCUUGCUUCAAGCUGUGUCCAGUUGCAGACACGUUGACAACUGGGAUUAACUGCCACAGCCAUGAACUGCAUGAAGCCCUCUAAACAUCAGAAGCAGAACCACCAUGCCCAUCAACAACUCCUGGGGAGAAGCCAAGGGAUGAAUGUGCCAAAGACCUAGCUGACAUUGUUGGCAUUACACACAGCUCUGCCGGGCAAGCUCUUGCUUCCUGAGCUCAUUGACCAAGAGACCAUAGGCUGAAUCCUCCAAAACAGUGAACCCAGAGAAUUCCUCCUUAGUUUGCUUUUGUCAGGAAUUUGGCUCGAGUUAAACAUUAGUUCUUAGGGGUUACAACACAGUAAGAUGUACAGGGUUUACAGCUUUUUAUAUAUCUUACAGAGAGCUAGAAGAGAGGGAGUCAGGGCUCUUGAUGUAAAGAUAAUAAACAAUUAAGAACAUAAAAAUUCCAGUUACCCUAGUAUAAUCCAAAUUAUCAUGCUGGAUGUUGUAAUAUGUGAGGUAUCAUUUAAAGAAUUUUAAAACUUAUAAGCAGGAAAGUUAAAGAUAUCUACAAAUAAUUAGAUGUUUUUUAAUGGAAUUCUCCUCCGAGGGACAUUUACUUUAUUUUCUCUAAACAGAAGCACCAGAAAAAAAUAGCAUUAGAAAUAAGAGCACAUGAGUCACAAUCUGGGAUAAACAGUGAAAUAUCAAAAAAUGAAAACUUGAUGGAAAUGAGGUUACCAGCAGGGGUAGCUGGGGCGAAUUUGCACCAAUGGAGCUGCUGUGGUCACUACAGUUCUAUCUUCUCCGUGAAGUUGCCCUUGGCCAAAAAAAUGCACGCAGCCAUCUCCCAGUUCAAAACAGUCAGCAAGUGGUGGCAAGGCGGAGCCACCAGAAGCAGACACCUGAUUCCCACAACAAAUAUGGAAAUGCUAUAUUAGCUGGUGGAGAUGUUUCUACAUGGGCAUAAACAGCCAUUGGAGUAGAAUGGAACCUGCCCCCUGUUGGCAGAGUCACCCGAAAGGGGUGGAGAGAUCGGUAGUCAUGCCAGCUGGUACAAUGAUCAAGGAAAUGUUUCAAAACCAACUUACAAGUCAUGCCAAGUCAAAGAAUCAUAAAUCCAUUAAAAUAUAGCAUAUUGAAAAAAUAAAGCAUCUUUGAAAUCUUCAAGGAAACAGAAAAUGAAAUACCUAGUGGAGUGAAUUAUUCAACUGCUACUGAAAUAUUGCUAAAAAUAGGAGGAGGUUGUCUGGCCAUAUUGUACUAAAGUUUGCAUUAAGCAGUGGGCUUUAAGCCCUUGUGAAGAUGAACAAGGGUAGUCCUUAACACAUGUCAAGAUGCCUCCAGCAGAAUAAAAACUACUUGUUGUUGCCUUGGAGGAAAAGUGCAUUGAUUUCAUGAGGCUGUAGUCAAGCAAUAAGGAAGAAGAAUAUUCCAAAUCCUAGAUUUUAGCAAACAGAAAUGGGCUGCCUGAGGUUAUAGAACC